UAUAUAGUAAGGAGUUGCUGUGUUGAAUUCGGAACAAUCGAUCACGGAGGAGCCGACGAAACGGUGAAAAUUUGACGACAACGAUGAUGUUCGUGUGCCUGCGAGGUCCUUGACGCGAAAGCACCACUGGGUCUAAGUUCCUGACAUGAGUUCGCAUUAAAAAAGGGACGGCAAUGGCGAACUUAAUUAAUUCCACAGCAACUCUAAUAAAUGACGCCUAUGAUUAUUACCUCUGGACGUUAUCUCUUGCCGAUGAACGAACGAGAGGAUGGCUUCUGGUCGAUUCGCCGAAACCUACUUUGAUAUACACAAUGUUGUAUUUACUGAUUGUAUGGGCUGGGCCAAAGAUCAUGAGAAAUCGAAAAGCCUUCAAAUUAACGUGGGCACUCGUUCCAUAUAAUCUUGCGAUGGCCUGUCUUAACGCGUACAUCGCGAUACAGUUAUUCGUAGCGUCCACCAGGUUACGGUAUAGUUAUGUGUGCCAACCAAUUAGGCACGUGACUCGCCCAGAUGAAUUGCAGAUCGCUCAUGCUGUCUGGUGGUACUACUUUAGUAAACUUUUGGAGUUCUGUGAUACGUUCUUCUUUAUCCUACGGAAGAAGGAUAAUCAAUUAAGCUUCCUCCACGUUUACCACCACUCCACUAUGUUUUCGUUGUGGUGGAUUGGCAUCAAAUGGGUACCAAGCGGAUCUACUUUCUUGCCGGCGAUGGUAAAUAGUUUUAUCCACGUUCUUAUGUAUUCAUAUUAUGGCUUAGCCGCACUGGGACCGUCAGUAGCUAAAUAUCUCUGGUGGAAGAAGUAUUUGACGAUCCUUCAGUUAAUUCAAUUCACCACCGCUCUGAUCCUUGGUAUUAAUGGUAUUCGAUCGGGAUGUGAUUUCCCACUUUGGAUGCAAUAUGCUCUUGUCAUUUACAUGAUCUCUUUCAUCGUUCUGUUCGGAAACUUCUACGCCAAAGCGUACAUUGCUAAGGGUAAACAAGCAUACGCGGAGAGACAAUUAGAAAAAAUGAAGGCAGAUAGCCAAUCAAAGACCAAAAUUACCGAUAGACUUGUGUGUAAUGGAAAUGUAAAUGGACAUGCUAAUGGAUAUGCGAAUGGUGUAUUCAAAAAGAUGCAGUGA